CUUAUACAACACCCAGUACCUGAAAGUUAAACCCCACAACACAACCUAGCAACCCGAUAAAGCCACCCAAAAUGUCAUUCUUCGCGACAAGUACAACCCUCCGCCAAUCUAUCCUGUCCACCACACGGUGCAGCCGCGCCCUGUCACUCGCAGGAUCGUCUUCCCUCCGAGUACCACCACCAACAACAACAACUUAUAGAACUGCCUUGGCAGGAACCAGACUCAUCCGGUUCUCCUCUACCCAGGCCAACAAGGAGUUCCUGUGUAUUCUCCCGGAUAAGCCUGGUGCGCUGGAAUUGAGGAAGCAGGUUCGACCGACUCACUUCGACGGAAUCAAACCCCUCGUGGAAUCAGGGAGGAUGGUCGUGGGUGGCGCAAUGCUAAACAGCCACCCCACCGACAGCCAAGGCCCAUCCUUCAAGGGCAGCAUGAUCAUCUACACGGGCGAGAGUGUAGAGGACGUGCGCAAGAUCAUCAAGGAUGACGUCUACGCGACGAGUGGUGUUUGGGAUCUGGAGAAUGUGCAGAUUAUUCCGUUUGUUUCUGCUGUUCGGGUUGCGAAGCCUUGAGAUUGUUCAUUUACUCCCUGUCGGACUGCAUAGCCAAUGGUCUACAUGUUAUUGAUUAUAAGAAUGAGAUAUA